CUAAAACCUUUUUUUUGGAAUGUCUGGGGUCUUAAUGACACGGCAAAGCAACAGUCUUUUGCGCAUUGGCUGACUAGUCACCAGCCUCUUUUUGGAGCCAUUUUGGAAUCACACAUUAAAGAUCAUAACCUGAACCACUUCAUGUCUACUACUUGUCAGGGUUGGAAUAUUACCUCUAAUCACAACUCGGAUGAGGAUGGCAAUAUUAUUCUUAUUUGGAAGGAUACAGUUGACGUUACCAUUAAGCUUCUCACCCGUCAGUCCAUUACCUGCGAAGUUAAGCUACCUUAUGGGGAUCAGUUCUAUUAUAUUGCGAUUUAUGCAUCCAAUUUAACAGAAGAGAGAUCGAACCUAUGGUACCUCAAGCUUGAUAUGUAUCCGUGGUUUGUUGGCAGAGAUCUAAAUCAAAUUGUGCACCCUGUGGAGCUUUCAGAGCCUAAUGUAAACAGCCUUGAUUCACAAAUGAUGGACUUAAGAGACUGCCUUAAUCAGAUGGGAUUGUAUCAAGGGCCGCUCUUCACUUGGACAAACUGUCGGCCUUCUUCCCCAAUUGCGAAAAAGCUUGAUAGUGUUCUUGUGAACAUGCAGUUUGUCUCCAACAUUUCUCAAAGUUCAGCUGCUUUCUUUCCUCCUCUAAUCUCUGACCAUUUCCCAUGUAUACUUAAUCCAGCAGUGCCCUUGCCAACGGUGGGAACUCGUCCCUUCAAGUUCUUCAAUUACAUAACAAAGCAUAUGAGUUUCUUGCAAGUGCAAAAACUAAUCAAAGGAGCUCUAAAACAACUCAAUAGGGAUAAUUUUUCUCAAAUUCAAGUGAAGGUUCCAGAGGCUUACCAUCAGCUACAAGUAAUUCAGAUUCAGCCCCUCCAAUCUCCUUCUCCUCAUCUAUAUCUGGAUGAGCGUGCUUGCCACGAUAAGUGGAACUUCCUGCGGUUUGAUCAUGCUAUAAACCAUUUUAAGUCCAUCAUUGCCCCAGAUUGCUAUGGCCCUGCUAUCACUAAGUUGCUCCCCAGUCGGUUCUUGGAUCUGCUGCAUUACCAAUGCUACCAUGCCCAAGCUGAGAUUCUUGAAGGGUCCCUGCAUAACUUAAAGCGAAAAUUCUCGUGGUAUUCUAAUAAGCUUCUUAAGCUUAGAGAUGUGGCGUUGACCUGGAUGAAGAGAAGGGUCCGUGACAGGAAUACAACUCGGUUCUGGUCUGAUAAUUGGACUCCUUUUCGUUCCUUGCUAUCGUUUCUAGCUACACCAUGCAGGCCAUCUCGACUCGGUAUCUCCCAAAAUGCAACUAUUUCAAGUAUCUUCCGCAAUGGGUAUUGGGCUCAGCCCCCUGCAAGAUCUGACAACUUUGUUAAUCUUCAGACUUAUCUCACAACAGUGCAAUUAUCAAAGGGGGAAGAUACUUACGAGUGGGUUAUUGAGGAUAUCCCGAAAAAGCGUAUUCAACUGGCGACGUUUACAAUCAGCUUCAAGAGCUCUCACCAACUGUCCCUUGGGAUAGUA